AUGGCCCAAGAACGGCCAAUCGAGCUUCUAGUUACUCCUACGGCUCCGCCAGUUGCCGUCAAAACUCCCAAUAGCAAACCAGCGACGAUUGAUAGCCUUUCUUCAACUGCCACCCCAAAUUUCAUGAACCGCAAUGGCCAACAUCUCCAAGGAAUUACGCAGGUGAACUCUGGGCUAAAUGCUAGUGAGGAUGACGAGGUCCAAUUCGUUUUCUCAGCACCGCGACGUAGGAAGAGAAAAAGGAAGAGGCUUGAAUUCUCAUACUCGCCGUCCAUGCUCAAUCAGUGCUCCGUUCCCCAAAAAACCCCUCCACCAAAGCGAGAUAGCACGACUCAAUGGGAUCCUCUUCGGCGGCGAAGUCUAGGUGUUCUGGAACAGUUGGAAUCAUGUCACAUAGGGACCCGUGAGAGCAAGGAUUAUCUUUUUCGAAGAAGUUCUCUGCCAGUAGCACCCUUCGCAACAACUCCUCUUCCAAAGGCACAGGCCUCAUGGUUCCCAGACGCCCGCCAUGUCUCUCUUCAAGCUGUUCAGCCUCCUUCUCAAUUGGCGUCGGUUCUUUGGUGGGAUGAAUCAAGACCCUUGGCACAAACGAUUCAACCCACACAAACCGCUCAAUUGCCCGACUGGUGGCCGUUGCACGGCUCAGCAUCUAAGAAACGGAGACUUGACGGCGAAGUGCCAUCAGCCCAAGCUCAACGUCUCAGCCAGUCCUCUCAGGUCUCACCCCGAACGACUCUCGUUUCUACCCUGCCAAAAACGGGGAGUUCUUUAGGAGAUUCAGCAAUGGGCACAUCAGAUAUGCUUUGGACUCCUGAUCUACCGUCUCUGCCAGGAACUCAGCCCUCGAACAAGCCACUGUUCAAUUCUUGGUUAGAUUUUGAUUGGAACGCUUUCCACAAUGUCGAUUCGGCUCUCAAUCAACAACAGCCUGUGCAUCAAAACAUGCUGACGCCUCCCAAGAAUCAGGGGCUGCUAACCAAUUCACCGCACCAGCCAAGAAUCGGGCAUUUCGAGCCACGAAACAUGUGGCAACAAAACAUCUCGCGAGUGCCGGCAACGCCGCAAGUACAACGCCGGCCCGCCUUCGAAUCUGCCCAAUCCUCUCCGCCAUUUCAAACAAGGCCUCAACAAACUCGCCCUCAACAUUUAGCCCUGCCUAAUGUGCCAAUGUCUUUUCACAAUCUCUCCUCCCAGCCCGGAACAAUUCUGUCUCAAAACCUUAAUACGACCUCCACGGUUGCACCAAUUCCCAUCCCUCAGCACCAAGGACUCCAAUUUCAGAGGCAGCAGACAUCACCUUCGCCAAGGCCCGCUCAGGCGAGUUUUCAACGGCUACAAACAACCCCUUCGGAUCUCCUGAGGAAACCAUCGCUCUACAAGAUUCCAGCUUGGCCAUCAACCAAAGAAGCCAGUCUGGCUCAAAUACCAAUAGUGACCUCUCGGUCCCAGUCUCCUCCUGCCGAGUCCUAUACAGCUAGCAGCCGGGGUUUUCAGUCUGGCAUGAAUUUCAGCGCUGCUAGACAGCCAUCAAAUUCAAUGAAGCCUAAUACGAACCCUAGCAGAAACUUUGAGAACAGAUCUAACGCUUGGGCUGUAAAUACAUUCAGCAGUACACCUCGCGUUACGGGAGCGAAGACAGACCUGUUUGAGAUUCCACGAGCUCGUACUAGUCACAAGCAUUGUCCAAAUCUAAUUGUCGAUAUUGCCGAGACAUGUCAAGAUCUCUUUCCUUUUGCUGAAGUCGCCGAACGGCACAGCGUACCGAUUAAGAAAGUCUUCGAUACUUUCUCUGCCAUAAUCCAGCUGCCGCUCCUUCGAAACGCAGAUGACCGGAGACGGAACGGCUCUCUUGGUAAACAACGAAUGAGGGAAUAUAGAGAUGCCAGGAAGGCGAUGGAGAAAGCGCAAGAAACAGAACGGAAGGCGCGAAUGAAGGAACUGAGAGCCCGAGUUGAAGACGCUGGGAAGAGGGGCAAGGGACAGGCCGAUCCCUCCGGGUUGCUGAAGACUGCGAUUCUAAACAACGCCAACCAAGCGGGUUCCGGUUCAUAA